AUGGGCAUCGAGUGAAUAAAGCCCUUUUGUUACAACUACUCAUACAACUUCCUUCUAACCUCCUGAUAAUCACUGAGAUGAAUAUCGACAACUUGCCUCGCUUGCCAGCGGCACCAAAAUCAACAUCAACAUCACCAUCACCAUCCUCAAACACAUCUCAACGCACAUCCCCUCCAACCCUCAUCAAAACAAGCACAAACUUAAUUCAUCAUUGGGAAACUUUCCAUCCCCAACAAUUCCAGCUUCCCACCCACCAAUCACGAUUCCUUGGGAGGAAAAUAAACUCUACAUUCAUCUCACCGACCGGGGAAAUCCAGGGACAUUUCAUUGGAGUUUGUAUCUUACGGAAGAUGAUCCCGAGAAGGGUUGGGUGUAUCAUGUGUAUGAUCCUGAGCCUGGGAGGUGGAUUUUGGAGAUGCUUGGGCCGGCGGGACCGGUGACUUCGGUGGGGGAUGUUGAUGGCGAGUUCGAGGGUGAUGGAGGGGAGGGGAUUUAUGCGGGUGGGGAUCAGGGGAUGGGGAUGGAGAUGGAGAUAGGGGUUUAAAUAGGGAGGAUGGGGGGAUUGAUUCUAGGACGGAAGGGAAGGAGGGUGAAGAUAGCGAUGAGUUAAAUGUGGAAGGUACUAAGGAUAGAAAAGUUGUGGAAACAAUGAGCGAGAGAGUAUCCCCGAAAUAGGAAAUGAGAAGAUAGGGAGCCCAGAAUCUGAUAAAGAGAAGAUUCGAAAAAGGUGAAGGAAAGCUUGAUGGAGGGGAGAAUCGAGAGAGUAGAAGUGUAAGCAUCAUGACAUCUAAGCGAAACUUCGCCGAAGAGGAAGAGGAGAAGAAUCCCGGCACGGGUAAAAGAUUAAAGACACAAGAAGACAAAAAAGAAGACGAAAAAGCAGAAAUAAAACAGCAGAAAGAAGAAACCGCAGACGAAAAAGACGACAACUACACCAAUCUAACCCAAACAACGCUCCUCGCCGCCGUGGAAAUCGGCACCAAUAUCCAAGACAUGCGCGAAAUAAUCGAACAAACCAUAUCCAGCAUCUGGGUGUAUGAAAAAAGACGCAUAGGAAGAGGCGACAAAACGUGUCGACAAUUCCUGAUGCACUGUAUUUCCGAGAUGGAGUCGCUUGGAAUCCUGAGUCUUUUGCCUGGGAAAUCCGGGUUUGAUUUGGAGAGGGAGGCCAAGGAGUUUGGUAUGUUGAGUGAUCCUGCGUUGAAUCCGGCGGCUAGGAGAGGAAGAUUGUGGAAGAGUAGGAUUAUAUCGUGAGGAAUUAAUUCGUGGAUUUAUAGAGGCGGGAUUGUGUGGAGGAGAAGAGAGGAGGGAUUGGAUGAUUUAAUACUGUGUGGGUGGGAUUUUUGUACUAGGUAGCUGAAGGUUUGGAAGUUGAUGAGGGGGUAUCUCUGUGAAACUUUGUAGAUGCUGAGGGUUUAAUGUUAGAGAUCGGAGUGUGAUGGGUCGGAAGAGUAAGAAAUAUGGGAAUAUUAGUUCUGGUGGUUUAAUAUCAUAGGAGUUCCAGGAUCUACUCACCGUACACUUAACAAAUCAUAUCAAAAUUUAUUAUUCUG